AUGAAAACUGAAGUUAGAGGAAGUACCACCUCCAUUUCUUUACAAAAUCCUACUACCAUCUUCAACACCUCUCAGGGCGCUUCGCUAACCGGCGCGCUUAAAGGGUGUCUUGGAAGCCUUGACGGGGCAUGUAUAGAGAAGCUCUUACUUCACUGUGCAAGUGCCCUAGAGAGCAACGAUGUAACCUUGGCCCAACAAGUGAUGUGGGUGCUCAAUAAUGUUGCUUCUUCUGUUGGUGACCCUAACCAAAGGUUGACCUCAUGGAUCUUGAGGGCAUUGAUUUCAAGAGCCUCCAAGGUUUGCCCUACACCUAUGAAUUUCAAUGGAAGCACCAGUAGUAGUACAAUCCCAACUAGGUUGAUGUCGGUGACCGAGCUAGCCGGGUAUGUUGAUCUAAUCCCAUGGCAUCGUUUUGGAUAUUGUGCAUCAAAUAGUGCAAUUUUUAAGGCAAUUCAAGGGUGCCCAAAAGUCCAUAUCUUAGAUUUUAGCAUCACUCAUUGUAUGCAAUGGCCUACUUUAAUAGAUGCAUUGGCCAAAAGGCCUGAGGGGCCUCCUAAUUUGCUUAGAGUCACUGUUCCCAAUUGGAGGCCACAAGUUCCUCCUUUGCUCAAUGUGUCAAGUGAAGAAGUUGGUCUUCGUUUGGGGAAUUUCUCUAGGUUUAAAGACGUCCCUUUUGAAUUCAACGUGAUUGAAAACUCAUCUUCUUUGGAAUUUCUAUUGAGUACUCAAUUAAACCCUUCUUCCCUAGACCUCCGGGAUGAUGAGGUUUUGGUUGUAAAUUGUCAAAAUUGGUUGCGCUAUCUCUCCGAUGAGCCGCGUUGCGGUAGCCCGGGCCAUCAAGAUGGCUCUAUGCGCAACACUUUCCUUAACAUGGUUAGAUCCCUUAACCCUAGGAUCAUAGUUGUGGUGGAUGAAGAUUCUGAUCUUAGUGCCCCAAGUCUUAGCUCAAGAAUAACCACUUGCUUUAAUUACAUGUGGAUACCCUUUGACUCUUUGGAGACUUUCUUGCCCAAAGACAGCACCCAAAGGAUGGAUUAUGAAUCUGAUGUUGGUCACAAAAUUGAAAACAUUAUUGGGUUUGAAGGGCACCAAAGAAUAGAGAGGUUAGAGACAGGCGUUGCAAUGUCACAAAGAAUAAGGAACGUUGGUUUGUUAAGCGCCCCGUUUUGUGAAGAGACUGUUAAGGAAGUGAAGGGCUUGCUGGAUGAACAUGCUAGUGGUUGGGGCAUGAAGCGUGAAGAAGAUAUGUUGGUGCUCACUUGGAAAGGGCACAACUCAGUUUUUGCCACAGCUUGGGUUGCAAAUGGGCCAAAUCCAAAUGGGUUGGUUUAA